AUGACUGGCAAAAAGGAAGAGCCACCUCAAGCACAAAAUAAGAUGGCUCCCAAAAGGGAAGAGCGGGAGCCGUCUCAGGGAGAUGCCGCAGCAGCUACUCCAGGCCCACCCGAGCAUCAGUCUUCUAGAUCUGGAAAUCCAGAUUACAUCUAUGUUAGUUAUGCUGUGCUUGUUAUCAACCAUAUUACAACUGUUUUAAAGAGUGGACCACUUUUUUUAUCAUCCAAAGGAAUUGGUUGGACAUCAUGGAAGAAAAGAUGGUUCAUUUUGACACAUACUUCACUCGUUUUCUUCAGAAGCGAUCCUAAUUCCGUAUCUCAGAAGGGGAAUGAAGUGAAUUUAACUUUAGGUGGUAUUGACCUCAACAAUUCAGGCAGUGUGGUUGUCAAAGCUGAUAAAAAGCUUAUAAUAGUACAAUUUAACGAUGGCCCCGAUGGACGAACCUUCACACUCAAGGCCGAAACAAUGGAUGAUUUGUAUGAGUGGAAAGCUGCACUUGAGAAUGCUUUGUCACAAGCACCAAGUUCUGCUAAUUUAACUGGACAAAAUGGCAUUUUCCGGAACGAUCAAGCCGAUGUAGAUGAUGGUUCUAAGGAACCAGUGAAUGAUAAACAGCCUGCGAAAUCUACAGUCGUAGGCAGACCAAUUUUACUUGCCCUGGAAGAUGUUGAUGGAGCUCCAACAUUUUUGGAGAAGGCACUUAGAUAUAUAGAAGAGCAUGGUGUCAAAGUAGAAGGGAUCUUACGACAAGCUGCCGAUGUUGAAGAUGUUGAGCGCCGGAUUCAGGAAUAUGAACAGGGAAAAACCGAUUUUGCUUCAGAGGAUGCACAUGUCGUUGCUGAUUGUGUGAAGUAUAUCAUCAGAGAGUUGCCAUCACCUCCUGUUCCUGCAUCAUGCUGCAAGGCACUACUAGAUGCAUGCAGAACUCAGCAUGGUUCUAGAGUUAAUGCAAUGCGGGCGGCAGUGUUGGACACGUUUCCUGAGCCGAACUGUCGAUUGUUACAGAGAAUUCUAAUGAUGAUGCAAGUCGUGGCUUCUCACAAAAAUCAAAACCUGAUGAGCACUUCAGCCGUGGCGGCAUGCAUGGCACCCUUACUUCUUCGUCCCCUUCUUUCUGGUGAUUGUGAGAUCGAAAUGGAUUUUGAUGUGGGUUCUAAUGAUAGUUCAAUGCAAUUGCUACAAGCUGCUGCUGCAGCUAAUCAUGCUCAAGCCAUUGUUAUAACAUUACUGGAACAGUAUGAUCAUAUAUUUGGGGAAGGUUCUAUUUCCUCUCAAGUAUACACUGAUACGGACGAGAGUGCAAGCGGAAGUGAGGAAGAAGCCGAUGAUGAUGAUGAUGAGUCCGGUGAGGAAGAUGAAUCUUGUGAAGACGAUGAUGGAACGGAAGGGUCUGAUGUAUCCAAUGAUGACGAGGAUGACGAGGAUGAUGAUGAAGAUGAUAAUGAUGAAGAAUCAGGCAGUGAAAGUGGCCAGUCUGUUACCAAUGAUCGGGAUGUCAAUAAGGAUUCGGGUUCUUCAAGCUCAAGUACCGAGUCCUCUGAAUCUGAUGAAGAUGUAAAAGCAACCAAGACACUUCCAAGUUCAACUCACAAUCUACCGUCUCAAAAUGAUGAUUUGAAAAGUAGGAAAGAUUAUCAGACCAAGUUGGAGGACACGUUAGCUCACCAAAAUCAAACCCCUCAUAGCAAACAAUCAACAGCAGCCGGGAGUGGACCUGACCGGAAAGCUAGGCGUAACGCUGUUUGGGGACGUACCGCUGCAAAGAAGAACCUUUCAAUGGAAUCAACUGAUGUUCUAUUUGAAGAAGAGAUCGAAAUUGAGGCUGAAAAUUCUGACUUACAAAACAGACGUGGAGAAGAGACCGAAGGUAAUGCCAAACUCGAAGCCCGCAUGGAAAGACGAAAGAAGGCAUUGCAGGAUCGUUGUCGAAGUCUUGAGAAAGAUGUAGCAAGAUUAAAGGAAGAGUUGCAAAGGGAGAGAGAUAAAAGAAAAGCUCUAGAAUCGGGGCUUAACUCGUCUCAAGAACCUCGAUUUCUCCCCGAUAAAAUCGAUGAAAAGACAAAGGCAACUCUCAAGGACAUAGCUCAAGCAGAGACAGACAUAACCAAUUUGAAACAAAAGGUUAAAGAUCUGCAAAUGCAGCUUAAACAACAGCAGGGAACUGAAGCUGUUUUUAAAGGCUCAGACAAAGCAGCAGGAGCAGGCCAAUAUGUUCGGAAUCAUUGAAUUAGGGCAGUGAACUCAAAUGAAAAGGCGAUGAUAUGAAUUUUGAAGGGCAUGAUGUCCUACAAUUCAGAUAAAAGCUCAAGAAUUAGGAGGUAAGUUUCCUGAUAGUCCUGGAAUCAUUGUUUCUGCAAAGGACGUUGCUGAUAUCCUUGGAGAAUUCACCUUAAGAGUGUUGAUGAUGCUUUGAUUGCGGGGAAAGUUUACCGGGGAGGGAUCAACGAUUUUGCUAGGCGCAACUGAUUUCGAUUCCACCACACUAAAAGAAAAGAAACUGAUAAACCGCCCUCUAAUCCAAGAUGAAAAAUGUCAAUUAUUAUGUGUCCUUAGAGUUAAGCUGAAAUAAGGCAAAAUGUUGGCGACUGGUUUUUGUUGUCAGAGAAUCCUAGUAGUAUUCAUAUGCA